CCGGGUUUCACCUCUCUGCUCCCACCCGCUUCCCAUUCGGCGCGUGCGCAUUAAGUGUGCAGCUCGGAGGACAGAGGCAGGACAUGACACAAGGGGCACGUCCCGGCCAUGGGGUCUCAUCACUCUGCCUCUGCUCAUCCCCCUUUCUGCAUUCGAAAGAAAGAAGAUAACAGGGAGGAUUUGCUGGCUGAGCGAGAGCAGGAAGAAGCCAUUGCCCAGUUCCCAUAUGUGGAGUUUACCGGUCGAGAUAGCAUCACCUGUCUCACAUGCCAAGGGACCGGCUACAUUCCGACAGAGCAAGUAAACGAGUUGGUGGCUUUGAUCCCACACAGUGAUCAGAGAUUGCGGCCUCAGAGAACCAAACAGUAUGUCCUCCUCUCCAUCCUGCUCUGUCUCCUGGCUUCUGGUUUGGUGGUUUUCUUCCUGUUUCCACACUCGGUACUUGUGGAUAACGGUGGCAUCAAAGUGGAAAAAGUUACGUUUAACACACAGGACUCCCUUGUCAUCCUGGCCAUCACGGCCACACUGAAAAUCAGCAACUCCAACUUCUACUCUGUGGCAGUGACCAGCCUGUCCAGCCAGGUUCAGUACAUGAAGACAGUGGUUGGCACGUAUGUGUCAACGAACGUCUCCCUCAUUCCACCUCGGAGUGAGCAACUGCUGAAUUUUACCACCAAGGCUGAGAUGGGAGGACUGUAUUCCUAUGUGUACUUCUUCUGCACGUUACCUGACAUCCUGGUGCACAACAUAGUGAUCUUCAUGCGGACUUCAGUGAAGAUUUCAUACAUUGGCCGUGUGACCCAGAGCUCCUUGGAAACACAUCAAUAUGUGGAUUGUGGUGCAAAUUCCACAGCUAUUUAGAAACUGCUCUUGAUUCUCGUGCAGCAUCAUCAAUCAGGAGAGACCCAGCACCUAUGCCUGAAUUUCCUACCUGCCACAGGUGGUACAAACAGAGGAGAAAUUGGGUCUCUUGUUCCCCAGCGGACAUCUUCCUAUCAUUUGGGAGGAAAGUCCAUCUCUACUUCACCUUUUGUUUCUCAGAACCAGCGGAAUCACUGCCCUGUGCCUGGUGUAUUUUCAGCAAACAGGCAUCCAGAGAAGAUUUGAAGAAUUCCAUUCAGCUGUUUUCAGUGUUCUUGGGGCAUUCAAAAUGAAAACCAUUCCAUGGUUCAGGUUGUCUACUGUAGAGCAACCUGGAGCUAAGACUGUUAGUGUGGUAAUAGAACUUAUUGGGGCCUCAUCUCCACAGAAACAGCAGAAGGCAGGAACGUUUGGAUAGGCAAGAAGGAAAGCACAAAUAUAUGUAUUUUUUAACUUGUUUCCAUACCCAAACACCUUGGAAUUUAAAAACAACAACACUUUUUUUCUCCUGCAGAAAAUUAACUGCUUUUACCAAUAGGAGUCUCUGUGGGACUUGAUUAACCCUUUAUCCUUUGGCUGAAACAUGGAUUGGGGAUUUGGUAGAAAAAUAAACCCUGCUUUUGAUUUAU